AUGGACGAGGCCCCAACACCCGCGCCGGGCACCCAGAAACGACCCCGCGUUUCGGAGGAGAACCGCAAGAGAGCGGUGCGCGCCUGCGACGGCUGCCGUCGCGUCAAGGAGAAAUGCGAAGGGGGCGUCCCCUGCCGCCGAUGCCUGCGAUAUCGCCGCCAAUGCGUCUUCACGCACCCCGACCAAGCGGAGAGGCUUGCGCGCUCGUCGUCGAUUUCGCUCCUCGAACGAACCGCCGCACGCAGCCGCCAUGAGAUGCUCGAGGCAGAGAGGAUCCGGUGCAUGGAACGGAUAUUACAGCAUUAUGUACCGAAUAUAUCGUUCGAUGUCCAGUCGCUUCGGAAGACGGCGGAGGAGCUGAAGAGUAAACACCGGGGUUCGGAAUCCGAGGGAGGAGGGCCGUCGGUUGUUCUGGAUAAUGAGGACUUGGAGGAUCUGGCGAUUGAGGAUGAGGACUUUACGAUCAAGGCGCUGCCGGAUAAUACGACGCAAUACUCCGGCGAGUUUUCGUAUCUGAACUUUUCGAUGAAAAUCAAGAAAAAGAUUGAUGAGUGGAUGAAGGCUGAAACCCCGGAGGCUUCCACCGAAGCAGAGCCAUUCGAGGAGCGAUGGCGCGCAACGCAAUUACAGUCUGGUGCUGUGGUGUCAGCUUCAGUUACAAGCCUGCCACCCCGGUUUGUGGCAGACUUCUUGGUUCAGAUGUUCUUCAAGUACGCCCAAACGAAUAACUUCUACGUCGAAGAGGACUGGCUCAAAGACAAACUCAACACCUGCUACGUCAAUCCCGGGAGCCUCGGAAGCAACGACGCUGGUGCGGUAUGCUCUAUCUUGAUGGUCCUCGCGAUUGGAACGCAAUUUGCGCAUAUGGAGUCCUCGGUUCCUGUCAACCGCCUGUCGUCCAACCAGACCGAUCCAGAUGACCAUUUUUCAGAGGACGAGGUCGGCUUGACCUUCUAUCAGUUCGCCUCCAAGUUACUUCCAGAUAUCAUUGCUUCAGCGUCUAUUCGGAGUGUCCAGGCAUGUCUGCUAAUCGGGACAUACCUCCUGCCAUUGGAUACCUCCGGUCUUUGCUACACCUAUUUUGGCCUUGCCUUGAAGAUGGCUAUUCAAAACGGCAUGCAUAGAAAGUACAGCGGCGAAGGGUUGCCGCCUCAUGUGAUUGAGAUUCGAAACAGGUUGUUCUGGACGGCUUAUACCAUUGAGAAACGAGUCAGCAUUCUCCAUGGAAGACCGGUCUCCUUAUCAGAUACAGACGUGGACGCUGCUUUCCCUGUCGAUUUUCCUGGCCUUAUGCCACAAGGCCAGGUUUCCAACCAUACCAACAUGGUAACUCUGAUCACAUUAACCCUCAAACUCGGAGAGGUUUCAAACGAGAUAUGCGCCCUCCGAAAAUCCCCCAAAGACAAACAACAAGACUGCCUUGAAAGGCUCCUCAACCUCCGUAAACACCUCGUCGACUGGUGGAACACUCUCCCCGAAGAAACCGACUGUCGAGACCUAAACCCAACCGGCCCGCUCUUCAGAGCAAACCUCCAUCUCAAGCUAGACUACUGCCUCACGCGGAUCUUCCUCGGCCGUCCAUUCCUCUUCAGCAGCAUGAGAGGCUUCUCCGCCGCGUUCCAAAUCUCACCAAUAAAGAUGCCGAUGUCCUCUGGUGUCUCGAAGAACCGCUCCACGCUCGUCACAGACUGCGUCGAAGCUGCCCUCGAAAUCAUCGACCUUUGCCGGCUGCUCCGAGACGAAACAGGCCUUGCCCGUGCGUCUUUUACAGAAUUUAGUUCAUGCCGCGCCGCGCUCCUGGUUAUCCUCGCGCAGAGCUUGACGAAGCGGACGGAACGACUCCGCGAAGCACUUCAGAAGGGUAUGGCGCUGAUCAAAAUCAUGUCUAUGGGCGUUGGCUCGGCCAGAUCUGCUGUUAGUGUCAUCGAGGCCCUUGAGAGGGCUAUAUCCCGACUUGAAGAGUACAGUGCUUCUCAAGGUACCGGUCAGUCUGGCAGUCACGAAUCCGCCUACGACCGCUUCAAAAACUGGGAGAUGCUUUGGAAGACCGGACCUGUCUCGCCAGAUACUCAGACGACCACACUCACCAACACGCAGGCGAACCCCUUCCGAGGCCAAGGACAGGCGCCAGAACACUACCCGUCCGAUGGCAAUGGAGUCCCCACACACUCGUCGAGCCUUGCACCAGCAAGUCUCCUUACCAGUCAGACCCCUAAUAUACCGAACGCAACAGUACCGCAUCACGAUAUUACCUCGCCGUCAGACUUUUUGACGCCCCAUGCAUUCUCCGCAAUGCCGCAUAUUGGCCUCGAUCAUUUUGUCUCGAAUCUACCGCAGGAGCUCGGCGAGUUCACGGCUAUCCCGUGCUUUGAGACGGAGACACAUACAGGGACCGGGACUGGGGCAGGAACGGGCACCGGGAUCCCCGGGGAUCUGGAUUUGAAGGAGGGGUGGAUGACGUUUUGA